UUCAUAAGAGGUUUCAACUUAAAUAUGUGUUAUACUUCCCUAUUUUCGAUUCAGUCACGCGUAAGGAAAAUACCAGAUAAGUAUAUUUCGUAAACAGCAAAUAUGGCGUCUACGUAUCUUUACCUGCUACCUGUAUUCGUAAUGCUUUUAUUUUCAUUAAAGACUAGCAAAGGACAGAUCGUGUGUACAAGUAAUGAGACGGUGUGCUGGGUGACCGAUAUUACGUAUUUCUGUUUGCCGUCCCAACACAGGUGUGAUGGAGACCGGGACUGUCCGGACGGCUCAGACGAGGAAGGAUGUGGCGACGUCGUCCGAUAUUGUCAUUGUCAAUACUCAUGGGAAUGUGGGGUACAAGAUUGUAUAAGCGGUUGUCAGACCGGCUGGCAAGGUUACAAAUGCUCAUAUAAAAUAAGAAACAAACCCAGCACCCUAACACAUAUUACCACAACUACAACCAGCCAAUCAAAAGUUGACACGUCAUGUCAUUGUGAAGACCAAUCAAUGUGCGAGGAUUAUACGCGAAGCAGAUCAUGUUAUUGCCAGGAAGGUUGGACAGGAAGUCGUUGCAGCAUUAAAAUCAAGACCGCGGUCGAAGAAUCCUUGCCAAUGAUUGGUGGCGCUGUUGUGAUAUUCUUUGUCGUCAGCGCAUGCGUGAUCAUAGCUGGCUGUUAUCAGCGCGAACGAAUAAGGAGAGGGGUAAGACGUGAUGGUUGGCCUUACAGAGGAUUGACCAAUUCACAGGAAAGUAUUUCUGGAUCCGCCCCGUCUAGAUCACAUAGACUGGACUCAGCCCCGCCAUCUUAUAAUGAAGUAGUCAACCAGGGAGCACAAUGUAACCCUUCAACAGUAUUUAUAGUCCUGUCUCAGGAAAACGAAGCAUCUUCAAGCAACGGAGAAAAUUCAAAUGAACCACCGCCCCCAUCUUAUGAAUCCAUUAUCAAAGAACACGAGCGGGAAGGGAACCAGCUGCAAAGAGAACCAGUUCAAAGUGAUACAAGUAACGAACAAAGUGACUCAAACAGAGAAAGAAAUGAACUCCGUGCUCAGACUCAAAAUCAAACACAAAGUGAACUGACAAACUCAGAAAAUACCAACACAGCUGAUGUGGCCAUAAUGUAGUUAUGUUUGUUUAUUUUUUGUUUUUGCCUUUUUUGGGAACAGAACCACUUCCUACAAUCACCAUAUUACUAGUACUUUGAUGGUUCUCCUGUUCCGGACUUGAUGUUAGUUGUUAUUUCUUGUCUUAUCAUCUUGUUAUUAAAAACUGAUUUUCAGAUA